AUGCCCGGCAUGAUGGACACCGUGCUCAACCUGGGCCUCAACGACACCAUCGUGGAGGGACUGGCCAAGCAGGCCGGCAACGAGCGCUUCGCCCUGGACUGCUACCGCCGCCUGCUGCAGAUGUUUGGUGACGUGGUGCUGGGCAUCGAGCACGACGAGUUUGAGCACGAGAUCGUGAUGCUCAAGAAGAAGGCCGGAGUCAAGUUUGACUGUGAGCUGGGUGCCGACCACCUGCGCGAGCUGGUGUCGCGCUACAAGGAGGUGUACGCGCGCAACAGGCUGGAGCUGCCCCAGGACCCCUGGGAGCAGCUGCGCAUGGGCAUCGACGCCGUCUUCAGGUCCUGGAACAUCCCGCGCGCCGUCAAGUACCGCGAGAUCAACAAGAUCAGCGGCCUCAAGGGCACGGCAGUCAACGUACAGGCCAUGGUGUACGGCAACUACAACAGCGGCAACGGCGCCAGCGGAACGGGCGUGCUGUUCACGCGCAACCCCGCCACCGGGGAGGACCGUCUUUACGGGGAGUUCCUGAUGGACGCACAGGGGGAGGACGUCGUGGCCGGCAUCCGCACCCCCACGCCCAUUGCUGAGAUGAAGGUGCUGAUGCCUGAGAUCUACCGCGAGCUGCACGACACGGUCAAGGGCCUGGAGGUGCACAUGAAGGACAUGCAGGACACCGAGUUCACGGUGCAGGACGGCCGCCUCUUCAUGCUGCAGACGCGCAACGGCAAGCGCACCGGCGCGGCCGCCCUGCGCAUCGCCAUUGAGAUGGAGCGGCAGGGGCUGGUGACUGCUGACGAGGCGGUGCUGAUGGUGGAGCCCCGCCACCUGGACCAGCUGCUGCACCCCAUGUUUGUCAGCGAGAAGGCCUACCAGAGGGACGUCGUGGCAAAGGGCCUGGCCGCGUCCCCCGGCGCCGCAGUGGGCAAGAUCGUGUUCACUGCGGAGGCAGCCGAGGAGGCAGCCAAGGCCGGGGAGCACGUCAUCCUCUGCCGCACGGAGACCAGCCCUGAGGACGUGGGCGGCAUGCACGCGGCCGAGGGCAUCCUCACCAGCCGCGGCGGCAUGACCAGCCACGCCGCCGUCGUGGCGCGCGGCUGGGGCAAGCCCUGCGUCUGCGGCUGCGAGGCGCUGCAGAUUGACGAGAAGCGCGGCGUGAUGACUGUGGUGGCCACGCACCAGGAGUUCAAGGCGGGUGCCUACAUCAGCAUCAACGGCGCCACAGGCGAGGUCAUCAAGGGCGCCAAGCCGGUGCAGAAGCCGAGCGCCGAGAGCGGCGACCUGGCGACCUUCAUGAAGUGGGUGGACGCGCGGCGCCGCCUCAAGGUCCUCACCAACGCGGACACCCCCGAGGACGCCAAGGUGGCCAUCACCAACGGCGCCCAGGGCAUCGGCCUCUGCCGCACGGAGCACAUGUUCUUCGCCACUGCGCAGCGCAUUGCGGCCGUUCGCCGCAUGAUCGCGGCCGUGGAGCUCAACUCUCCUCAGGCUGACGAGGCGCUGGCGGAGCUGCAGGGCUACCAGACCCAGGACUUUGAGGGCCUGUUCCGCGCCAUGGACGGCAAGCCCGUCACCAUCCGCCUGCUGGACCCCCCGCUGCACGAGUUCCUGCCCCAGGCCGAGGAGAGUGGUGCGUGUGGCGCGUGCGGCAGCGCCCUGGGCCGCCUGUGCGACCAGCUGGCCCCUGAGCUGGGUGUGGAGCCGGCCGCGGUGCAGGCCAAGCUGGAGGCCCUCAAGGAGUGCAACCCCAUGCUGGGCCUGCGUGGCUGCAGGCUGGGUGUGCUGCACCCGGACAUCACUCGCAUGCAGGCUGACAUCACCGGAGCGUCAGCAGGGUGCUGA